AUGCGAAAAGUGCUUCCCCUCCUUCUCGCCUUCUUGACGCACGCGGACGAAACCGGUUUGCUGCAGGAUGACGAGUGCCAGGAGGGGUCCCAAGGUGAGUGCGCCAUGAACGCGCUUCAGCUGCGAAGCUCGCAAGGUGAGGGCGAAGAGCUCUUCGAUGCCAGCAAUGACAGUGAAAUGCAGUCGAUUGCGUCGGAGUUGAAUCAGACUGGGCGUGUUUGGCGCCUCUACCAUGUGACGUCGCCCUCGAUCGGUCCAAAGAUCUUGCGGGAAGGCUUCCGCGCUGGCCACGCAGGCUGGUGUGGCGGGGCUAUCUACUUCGGCAACACAGCACAGGAGACUCAUCAUAAAGCUGUCGGCACGGAGUCCCACCAGGGCUACAUGAUCGAGGCCAUGGUUGAUGUUGGGCGAGUCAAAAGCAUGCCGUG